AUGGUUGUUGGCAUGGCUGAAGAUGGCCAGUCCGGUAAUGGUGUGGCGCAACAACAACAGAAUGAACAAAAGGACGAGCAGAAUCGGCGUCCACCAUAUACCAUGCACGGCGUACUUCAUUUUUUACAACAUGAAUGGAGUAAAUAUGAAAUGGAAAAAGCCAAAUGGGAAAUGGAGCGCGCAGAAAUGCAGGCACGAAUAAGCUUCUUGCAAGGCGAGAGAAAAGGGCAAGAGAAUCUGAAAGCUGACCUCAUUCGAAGAAUAAAGAUGUUAGAGUAUUGUCUGAAGCAAGAGCGAGCUAAAAACUAUCGAUUGACGCAUAAUGGUGAAGAUCCGCCAGAGUACGAAGAAGCAGAAAAUGAAGUUGCAAAUGAAGUAAGUGCUCCAAAUGAAGUAGAUGCUUAUGCCGCAGAAGGAGGAAGUGCAUUGGGUUGGAAACAAGGGCGUCAGCUUCUUAAGCAAUAUCUGCAGGAAAUCGGCUACAGUGAACAAAUACUCGAUGUGCGCUCUUUUCGUGUCAAAAAUCUGUUAGGACUAAUCCCUCAGGGCGAUUGGCCAUCCAACGAAAGGGCCACGGGGAAAGGUCCCACAGGGCAGAAAAAGGACUUGGAUAGUGAUUCUGAGUCCGACGAGCGCAAUGUGCCAAGGGGCGGCUUGGAUUCAGAAACUGCCGAGGCUCUCGAAAAGUUUGAUUUUCUUCAUGAGCAAUCCUCAGGUGCUGGCGCAGGUCGUGAUGAAUGGGCAGCUACAGAUCAAGGCGUGAUCGAUCGUCUGAAAGAAAAAUAUAAAAGUGAAAAGCGCACGAAGAGAAGUUCGGGAAGUAUGGAUGAUGCGGAUGAUAAAAGACAUAACUUGAAUGACACCGUCAUAGCAAGCGGAGGCGGAAAUGCUGGCAAUCCCGCUGCAGGAGCGAGAGGAAAACGAGGAGAGUUUCUCGAUAUAAAUGAUGCCCUUGGCUUGCCACCAGAUGAGAAUAUUGACAUCAAGGAUGAUUUUAUAAUUGAGAUAUGGAUUGUCUCUAAUUUAACUGGAGAAGAUGGCACGGCAAAGCUGUGGAAUCUUGAUGGGGCCAAAGAGAAAGGAAGCACUUCUGAGAUCGAACCUGUGUACACGUUCCGAGGUCAUCUGGAUCCUGUUCUAUGCAUGGACCUUUCACCAACUGGCGAUCAUUUGUUCACAGGAGGAAAAGAUGGAGUAAUUUGUUGUUGGAAUGUGCCAAGCACUACAGGCGAUCCAUAUGAGGCAUAUGGUCCCGUUUUUCUUUUCAUUCUCAUUUUUGUAAUGGUAUGUUAA